GAAGACCUCGCCGGUCCGUAGCGUGUGUUGCGUAUGUCGCGUAGCGUGAACUAAAAUAUUAAAAUAAAUGAUAUUUUUUAAAUUUAUUAUGACAGUAAUUUAAUAAUAUACUAGCGAAAAUGUAUAAACAUAUUAGUGUAAUAUUACUUAUUUUAAGCUUUUCGUGUGCUUAUAAGAUUUUAUUGGUUUUUCCGUUUCCUGGCAAGAGUCACAGUAUGUUAGGUGAAGGAUAUGUUAGAAAUCUUCUAAAAGCCGGUCAUGAGGUUACGUAUAUCACACCUAUAUUAAUGAAAAGUGAAUCUAAACAGUUGCGGCAAAUAGACGUAUCUUCCAAUCUUCAGUUAGCUUUAGAAAAUCUCUUGAACAUUGAGUCAUUGCUAAAAGGGGAAGUUGACUUAGGAGAUACAUCUAUGGCUAUGGCUAUGUCUGACGAUAUUGCUAAUCAUACAUUAUGGAACCCAGCGGUGCAGCGAUUGAUGAUGGACCCUAAAGAGCAAUUCGAUGUGGUCGUAGCAGAGUGGCUUUUUACUGAACUUUACUGUGGAUUCGCUGCUGUAUUCGAUUGUCCGCUCAUCUGGUCGUCCUCAAUGGAUCCACAUGAAUUGGUUAUGACACUCAUCGAUGAAAUUCAGAAUCCUUCCUACACUGCGACCCAUAAGUCGGGUAUGGAAGCGCCGUUCACAUUCUUUCAGCGAGUCAAAGGACUUUGGGAGAUCUUCUACGUGAAAUACUUGAAAUGGUCUGCAAGUGGCGUUGCAAAUAAAAUCUUUAACGAAGGUUAUGGUCCAGCGCUAACGAUGAGGGGUCGCCUCUUGCCAAGUUUACAAGAAGUCAGCCACAAUGCAUCACUGAUGUUGGGAAACUCGCAUGUAUCGACGGGCCGGCCUGUGCGUCUGCCACAAAACUACAUACCUAUAGCAGGGUAUCACAUUGAAGAGGAAGUUAAGCCGCUGCCAGAGGACAUUAAAAAGAUCAUGGAUGAAGCUAAACACGGCGUUAUAUACUUUAGCAUGGGUUCAAUGCUAAAAAGUGCGACAAUGCCUGACAAAUUGAAGAAAGGUUUCCUAAAGAUGUUCGGCGAACUGAAACAAACAAUUAUAUGGAAGUUCGAAGAGGAGCUGCCUGAUUUACCGAAGAAUGUUCACAUGUUGAAGUGGGCUCCACAAGCAAGCAUAUUAGGUCAUUCAAAGUGCGUCCUCUUUAUUACGCAUGGUGGCCUUUUAUCAACUACGGAAGCAACAAAAAGCGGUGUCCCUAUAAUUGGUAUACCUAUGUUCGCGGAUCAGUUUAUCAACAUAGAUCGGGCCGUCAGGAGAGGGUUCGCUAAGAAAGUCACCCUAGAUUACAACUGUCCAAACAAUUUAAAAACAGCAAUUGAAGAUAUUGUAGGAGACAAUAGGUACCGGCAGAAAGCUCGCGAGCUAUCGUUCAUAUUCCACCACAGGCCGACGUCUCCGGCUGCAGAACUAGUUCACUGGAUAGAGCACGUGGUGAAGACAAACGGAGCUCCACAUCUGCGAUCGCCGGCACUUGACGUGCCGUUCUACCAGAAGUUCUAUCUGGACCUAGCCGCUGUUAUAUUUAUGAUACUGGUUGUUCUUAACAAGCUGAUCAGUGCAGUGUUCAGGAAAAAGAGCGAGCAGAAGAAACAAAAGACGAAAUAAUGUUAGAAAGACAACAUUAAACUUACCUAAGUUAGUUAUAAGAAUGCGGCGUACCCCAUCUGAGCACGCUGGGCGGUCCAUGUGCCGUUCUACCAGAAGUUCUA